AUGAUCAAGCCGGGUCGGAGUCUGACCUUAGCGCAACGUCGCAGGGCUUCGAAGUCUUUGGACGGUAAAAUACCAAGAACACCAGAUCCUGACAACGCGUCAGGAAUGAAUUACAGUUGUCUGACUUACAACGAAUUCUUUGGUCCGAAGGACUGGGAGAUACCUUCCGAUCAUAAGAUCUCAAAGUCUCUGACUACUUUGUUGAGCAUAGAAAGUCAGGACUCUGAUGACGUUGAUGAUGACUCGCGCUUACGUAUCAUCGACGAUGCAAACCUUACACCAGCCGAAAAAACCAGGAAGAUCCUCGGGCUCACCUACGAAGAAGUUGAGGCCACUACUGUCAAGCUUCACAAAAAACCAUCAACUGAUAUCAAUGCGGUUGAAACGAAGCCGUCAACGUUGUCUGUGACAAAGGAAGCCGUUGAACCACGCACCGUAGCAACGCAAAUUGAGCAUUCAUUUUCUAGAUCGAAAGACGAAUUAGCUCAAAGUUCGAGGAGAUGUAUCUGCUGUGAAAAAACGAUUUGUUCUAAAGAAAAUGAUCGAGAUUCCAACAGUUCUACAUCUGAUGCUGGAUCGAUGCACCAAAUAGUAAUCGUGGCGUCAGGAAUUGCUGGGGAAUCAGUCGAUAUUAAGAGAGAACGGCCGAGUAGAGGGAAAUCUUUUGAUUGCUGCAGUCAGAAUCGUCACGAUGAAAGAAAAUCGCAUGAAAAGGAAGACGAUAGCAAUGACCUGGACGAAAGUAAUUCGGGAAAUGCAAAGGCUGCAGAAAUUCUUGCGCGAUAUCAAUUGGAAUCAAAUACAGUAUCAACGGCAUUUAGUUACCACACUCAUGAUUCAUGUCUUCCCACAUCCUGCUUCCAGGCCAUUGUACACAGAGAUGGUAUCGUCUGGGAGAAUCUAAAAGAGAUAAACUUUGUUUCCGUAAUAAAAAGGAUGCUCUAUGACGAAUUUAAACCAUUUAAACUGCAGAGGAUUUACGUUGAAGGUAAAAAAUCGAGGGAAAACGCAGAGCAGACUCUGAACAAUAUUUUGAAAGAAAUUGACUGGAGACUUCGAUGGAGUUGUGAACACAACAAGGAUAAAGUCAAUCGGCAAAGUGAUCAUCGCUGCGAAACAAUAAUCUCCGACCGUGAAGAUGGCUCUCGAUUUAUUGACAAGUUUUCUCAUUCCUCUGCGGCGGGGAAACAUGCAUUUUCAGCACAGAGUUCAGUCAGCUUUGGGAUCAACGCUGAUAUUCUAGCUCUAAAUGUGAGUCACGUUUUCGAAAAGAUGCCCAUCUCAGGUAUUGAAAGCUUUGACUCUACAACCAUUUCAAAAAAGGAGUCACCGAUUCCAUCUCAACAAGAUGUCUCCGCUGACUCAUACUUAUUAUCAAGCUUUCCGAAACAUUCUAACAUGUUUCACAAUCCAACAACAGAGCUUCAAGAAAACUUAGAAGAAGAAAUCAUAAAAUCGGCCACUCUGCCGCAGGAUCAUCAUGAUCAUAAACCACCAGCUAUUUCGAGAAUGUCUCUCAAGAUUCAGUGGGAAAACUCAGAUGAAAAAAUCUACAGUUUGUCAUUGCUGGGAGAUGAGAGUGUCUCUUCUGGUCCAACGAACCCGACGAAAUUCAACGAAAAAUUUCCUUGCUCUUCGAAAAUUUCACCUACAAUGACAAAAAAAAAAUCCGAAUCACGGAUAAAUCGUUUGCCCGAAUUUAACAAGCCAAGUGUUGCAGUUCACUCAAUUUCGGAUUCACAAAAAUUGAUAGAAAUUGAUAAAAGCAUUGUUCUUUCUGCUCCAGAGAAUGAAUCCGUGGCUGGUGAAAAAUCUUCUCAAAAGGGCAGCCGUUGUAGAAACUGGUUGGAUACGCGAUCCCCGCCCAGUUCAUUGGGGUCUAGUAAAAUUCGGAAAUCUUCUAGAGAGUGGGAAGUGAAAGCUAUCGAAGCACUCAAAGCUUACAACGAAAAAACCAUCGUGAAAUAUAAGAGAGAAAUGGAUGCUCGUAAGCAGCAUGAAAGACCCAAAAUUGGACAUCGACAAGAUGAUUCCCACGAUUCACGGACUGGUUUACUGUUUUCGAAGCAGCCAACGGCGAUUUCUUGUUCAGAUCGAGAUGAUGCAGAACCUUCAGUUUCACCCGCUGCUACUCGUCGGAGUCGCGCCAACCAAAUCCUGUACGUCCCUUCGGUACCUGAAAUUGAAACUCCCGAGAAGGAAUUGACGUGGAAAAUUGAUAAUGCUUAUGCAAGGUUCACGAGGUCGAAACCAAUCGAUCCCUCUUCUCUGCACAGAAAGUGCGCGACGAAAGAGUUCGUCGAAAUGUACAGCGGUAGUGGACGACUGAAGUCAGAGUCGCAGAAGGUUAAAAUUCAGGAUAAAGCAGCGAGGAAGCAGCAUUCGAAGUACAGUAAAUCUGACAGAGGAGGAAAUGAGUCUGAUGUCAGUUCAAAAUCGUGCAGAAGAAUCGAGGGCUCACAAAAAGGACGGGAUUUGGAUAGAACUACCGCAAAAGCAAACUUCAGAGCUCAAGAGAUCGAAGUUUAUUUUUUUGAACGACACAUCGAUGACAAACCUACGACUAGUAAGGACGUGUCAAUUACAACGAUAAAGACGUUCCUCCCAAAACGAGGCACUGAUACCUCUACUACUGGGUCUUCGGAGAUUUCGAUACCCGAUGAAUCUCGGUCACCGAUGGUCGACGUUUCGACAACCCCUGAAGAAAUCCCACGUCGAAUUGAGGACGAGUACUAUGUACAGUUGGGGGAGAAAAACAUAUCGGAGAACGUUAGAGAAGCCAUAAAGAAUAUCGACUGGUCAUGCGGGUGGUUAAAUAACAACGAAAUCUCUCAACGAGAACGAAACGAGUUGAACGACACGAUCGUGAUGAGGGAUCGUAGUUUAGAACAGCAAGAUAUCGUGUAUGAGACUACAGAAAAAAUGCUACAGAGUGCUUUCGCCCAUAGCGAAAGCUCUGAGAGAGGAUUUCAUCUGGGCGAAAGAACAAAUGAAUUUUAUCCAAUAUUCAAUAACGUUAAUCUCACUAUGGGCGAAAUUGUGAAAGCAGCAGCGUUGAGGGGGUAUAGAGACGAAUUCAUCAGUCAACCAGCAACAGAAAUCGAGAUACCGGAAAUCCCUGAUGUAGAUCUUUAUAAUCUGGUCGACCCGCUCUGCCCACUGGAGCGGAGAUCAUCUUCCAGACAAUUUUUGGGGUUUAAUUUAUCAGCCGAUCUUGGGAUGCACGCAGUUCAUGAGGAACAGGCAUCCUUGUUGAGCAUAUUCAAGGGCUUACCGACACCUAAAAUGUUGCCGACUUUUUCAAAGCGACACGAUUCGGAACGACGCAUAGGAUCUAUACCGAGAAGUCGCGAACGAGUAGGAUUGGCUCUGAGGGAUAUCAUCCAUCAAUCUCCUGACACAAUUCAGGGAACCUCGUUCAGACUCAGGUCGUUUGAUGUCAACGGGGAACCACCGUUUCAGGUUGACGUUACGUCUUGCCAACGUAUUCUGAACCACUUCAAUUCUGGAGGGAAAGAAAUGCAGAACGUAAUAGAGAAGAUUUUUGACCAACUUCCUAACUCUAAAAUGUUUACUCGCAGUGAGGAUCCAAAUUUGCAGAUUCGUGAUAACCUCGAUGAGAAUCUAUUCGGGAAUUUGCGGGGCUCGGAAUUUAUAACAGUUUUACAAAUGAUCACCAAUUUACAGUUAAUCAAAAAUAUUGCUGGGAAAAUUAUCAACGUGAGUCAUGACUGCCGAGAGUCAGAAAAAACACCGGCUGACAGUACUCGUCAUCAUUCUGUUGAUCAAAAUCAAAUUUCACCAGAGCAAGCAAUGACAGUGACAAGGAUAUCAGACGCGCCAAAAUAUCAACAAUUAAAAGCAGAAACUUCAACGGAGACUAAUGAUUUAGGUCGAGCAGAGGAUCGAGAGGAGAUAAAAUAUGGUUCAAGUUGUCAAGUAGUUAUUGGUGCCGAAAAUAAUCCAGAAAGCAGAGUCUCUUCCGCUGAGAAAAUUGAUGAAUUGUUUGACGAUGAGGGAAAGAAACUUCUGUCGAAUAUUUUGGAAACAGAAACAUCAAUUCUACCACCAACGCCCUCUGAGUUGCUUAGAAGAGUAAAAGUGUUGAGAGAUGUUGAGUCUGCAGAAAGUUUGAUUAAGAAAAUGAACACUGUUUUAGAACCGUUUCAUGUUCAUGGAAAUAGCCGUGAAGAUCAAAUUGAAAAGUGCGAAACGUCGGUUGGUAUAGAGGGUGAAGUUUCCUCGGUAACAGAUUUGCGGUUUCCAGAUAACAGCGAGUUACAAAAGUUACAUAAUCUCAUGAAAAUUGUCGUGAAUUAUGCUAUGAUUACUGAAUAUUCCUCGGGGAUUUUCUCAUCCAGUGAGCCUGGACAGUCGACAUCUUCCGGCAUUAAGUCAUCACAACAAUUGAACAAUUCUGACGUGCAAAGAAAAGAUAAACACUGCACAAAUGAAAUUUCUGGCAAUCUUGAAGAAGGAUCUGAUACUCUACCAGGUAUCGGUGACCUCCAAGCUACUCAAGACCCUGUAUCAAGGUCGAGAAGUUCCCAGAAAGAGACGAAGCACCAGGUAAACCGUUUUUCGAGUUGGGAUCGGAUGAUUCCGUUGUCUACGAGACUCCAGCUAGCCAGAAGUAAACGGAAAAGUCGGGCAAGAAAAGUUGUGGCUAUCCCCGAGCCUUCUAGAAGAGUGGUCAAAGUAGAUAAGCUGAUCGCAGAGAAAAAUUUGGAUUUUUUUAGCGCGAGAUACGUACCUCAGAGAGGUAGAGGACUAUCUUCGGGUUAUCUGAUGGACUCCGACAGUGAUGGAAAUUUAACCGUUUCACGUCCUCCCACGCCCAGUUCAGUUGGAUCGGCGGUCAGCCAAAGUUUGUCAUGCGAUAGUGAACAGCCUGAUGUUUUUUCUGAUCCGCUGAUGACUCCUGGCAUUCUUUCCUCAUCUGAAAUGACCCAACACUCGCACGUCACUGACGUCCCUAGACAAAUUUGCUUGACUAGUGCAUCUCAAAAUCCUAUUGGAGAAACAAUUUUAUCAGAAAAUGCUUUGGAUUUGAUGAACAACUUGCUGCCUCCCAAUAGCGAUUCGAGAAGGUAUUCAUGUCGAAAUGAGAUGAUCGAAACUCAACAAUCUUCGGAAAUGUCUAGUUCAUUAGUUGUGGUUGAACAAGAAGCACCUCUACGUGCAGAGUCAAUUCUGCCGGAUGUGAUUGGUGCUGAUGGAAGUACGAAAAAUGGAUGGCGAGAUGAAAAAUCGCAUGUAUUGGUUACGAAAACUCUCCCCACCAAAAAUGAACUCAAUCGUAUGUCACCAAUUUACGCUACGAGGAUUGAAGAUAAGUUGAACGACGUGAUGCAGCAAAUUUUGAGCCACCAAUUUAGCCGAGUUGAACCUCAGACUUCUUCUGUAACUGAUUCGAAGAUUGGAAGUUUCAUUUCGGUUUCUGGUCCUACGAUGAUUGACUCUUGGAUCGACUCUCGGUUGAAUGACUGCGAUCCGGAAGCAGAGAUUCAAACACGAAACCGAAUGAAAGAAGAGUGCCAGAAGAAGAUCGUGAAUAUUUUGGACAGGUCUGAUGAUACGCCUAUUGAUGAACUCAUUGGUCACUUCAGGGGAUCAGUCGAAUCAACAUCUGAAAGUUCGGGUAGUGUGCCGUUUGAAAUGCCAGUGCCAAGGUCUAGAAUUAGCCUAAAACAUGUGGCCAUUGGAACCGAGUACAACGUUGAAGUCUUCAAAGACCUGUUGCAUCUAUUUAAAAAACUCCUUACCGUCAAUGUUCAUUCCCUGGUUCAAACAACAUCAGAAUCUGACCGAAAUACGCCUGGAGAAGGAUCUCGGGAUGCUAUUCCGCCGUUUAAUUCUUCUGAUGAAAUAUACUUGAAAGGGACAUCAAACUUAUCCAGAAUCGACUCAUCGCUUGUUGUCAUUCCAACCAAGGAUUUAGAUAGCGCAGUAAAGCUUUUGCACUUGCAGAGUUUCAGGAAAGAACAUUCAAAUACAGGAGUCGAUGAAAUCCAGUCUCACGAAAAUCUAGUGAAAAGUAAUAACAUUGAGCAAGUCAAGUACUCAAAUUUCCUUGAGAAACUCGACUCACCUGGUUCAGAUUUUCAUAGCUACGACAGUUUUGCAAGUUUGUCGUACCGAAAUAUCACCGAUACGUCCGAAUUAGUUUCCCGGGAAAUUUCCAUCUCCAAUCACACAUUCCUUGAAGAGUUUCCCGAACAGCUUGAGAGCAGCAUAAAUUUAUUACCAGAGUCCAGUGAAGUUGUUGAUAAACGGUCGAGCGAAUCGAUGAAAUCCCAGUUUGAUGAAGACUCUGCUGAAACGAGUUUAAAACAGCAAACAAGUGCUGUUAGUUCUGAUACAAAUGGUAGUCAUGCAGCUUUAGCCUCAACGAGUAGCAGUACGUGUGAUGCUGAACCAAAGAAAGAUGCGGUGUCAACGAAAAGCUCAAUACCCAGGCCAGUGAAAAACAAUAAGGGGAGCAAAGAGACAUGACACAGGGCAAGGAUAUCGGGACUGAGAUUUGUAAUUCAAUUCGCAUUCACGUUAACAAUUAUGAAAUAGAAAUGAAAAAAAUAAGUGCUACGUGUCGCGUCGAGUUUCGUACAAUUCAUUGUGUAAACUUUAGGGAAACAUUUCGUUCUGUAAGUAAUUGAUGAAUACAUGGACAACCGGAUGAGGAAAAGGAA